AUGAAAGGAGGCUACUUCUAUGAAAGGAGAACGAAGCAACUCUCCCUCUUCUUCAUCGGUGUUGUUUUUACCACCAUUGUUGUUUGGUCUUGGGAGAAAACCCCCCUUCUGACAACUUUACUUCCAUCUCAUAGUCAAGUGAUGCAGCUUUUUCCAGCUGUUGAAGUAAAAGUGAAGCAAGGUACUCAAUCAAAAGAUGAUUUCAGAGAAGCGGAAGUAGUUCCAAAUGUAACAUAUCCAGUAAGUUCCAUAAACGCACCCUCCAUUUUAGGGGAGGAAGGAUUGGUGGAUUUAAUAUCACCAUCAACAUCAAGUCCCAUAAACACCCCCUCAUUGGACAUUCAUGGGGGUGAAUCCUCAAGUACCUCUCAAGAAAAUCACCAUGAAAGUACAACAAACAUUAUUGAAAAACCUUUUUCUAGUGAAGUAUCUGAAAAAUCCACCAACCCAAUCUCAAAUCCACCAAAACAACAGUUACUUGAACCAGUCUCUUCAGAAGUGGAAACAGAAGACAAUGUUGCCCCUAUGGCAAAUGUGGAAACACAAGCCUGCAACUUUGGUAAAGGAAAAUGGGUGAUUGACAACAAUCGCCCUUUGUAUUCUGGUUUUGGCUGUAAACAAUGGUUAUCAGGAAUGUGGGCAUGUCGUUUGACUCAAAGAACAGAUUUUGGAUAUGAAAAAUUAAAAUGGCAACCAAAAGAUUGCAAAAUGGAUGAUUUCAACGCCCUUCAAUUCCUCAAAAGAAUGCAGCACAAAACUCUAGCUUUUAUUGGGGAUUCUUUAGGGCGACAACAAUUCCAAUCCCUAAUGUGCAUACUCACAGGUGGUGAAGAGAGAUAUGAUGUUGAAGAUGUUGGUAAAAAAUACGGAUUAGUCAAAGCCCGCGGGUCGGUUCGACCCGACGGGUGGGCCUACCGGUUCCGACCCACGAAUACCACAAUCCUCUACUAUUGGUCCGCGAGUCUUUGUGAUUUGGACCCGAUUGACCCGGGAAACCGGUCCACUUUCUUUGCUAUGCACCUCGAUAGACCCCCGGCUUUUUUAAAACGUUUUAUUUCUGGAUUUCAUGUUCUUGUUUUGAACACUGGGCAUCAUUGGAAUAGAGGGAAGGUUAAUGCUAACAAGUGGGUUAUGUAUGUUAAUGGGACACGUGUCACUAAUAGGAGGUUGUUAAAUAUAGAAAGUGCUAAAAACUUAACAGUUUAUAGUAUUGUAAGAUGGGUGGAUGGUGAGUUAGGUAAGUACCCGGGGUUGAAGGCGUUUUUUAGGUCGAUUUCCCCGAGACAUUUUUUUAAUGGAGAUUGGAACACUGGGGGGACAUGUGACAAAACUACCCCUGGAAAAUUGGAGGUUUUACAAGAGGUGUCUAGUGAUUUGUUGGCGUCAGGGGCAGUGAAAGGGACAAAUGUGAAGCUUUUGGAUGUAACUGCAUUGUCUGAAGUAAGAGAAGAAGGUCAUAUAUCGAGAUAUAGCAUUAAAGCUACUCCAGGGAUGCAAGAUUGUUUACAUUGGUGCUUACCUGGCAUUCCUGACACGUGGAAUGAACUUCUUUUUGCUCAGAUUUAGGGUACAUUUAGAUUCUUGUUAGCUUCUUGUUUUUUUUUGGGUACAAAAAAGGGAAGAAGUAGAAACCUUGUUGUGAGAUGUGUAGUAUGUAGUUUGUUUGUACGAAAUUACAUAUAUUUACUGAAUGAGUUAAUAUAUAAUGUAACACUUGCAAUAUAUAAUAAGUUUUUGGUUUAUUAGUUAA